CCCCUCAAGUCCCUUGAAUUUCAAGCUUUUUGUGUUUGUUUUUAUUGUAUUGGCCGUCGAACGUCCGAUUCAAAUCCCUAUUCCCAAGUCCGUUGAGUCCAAAAGCCUCCGUGGACCGUCGCGUCGUCUGAAUCGCAAUACUCAUAACUACUCACUGAGCUGAACUGCCCUCCUACUCUCUCCAUCGCAGCCCCCGAGAGUGCGAGAGUGGCACCUUUUCUUCCUUUUAUUUUUCUCUCUUUUUUUUGGUGGGUAUUGUCUAGGUUCUCUGUAUAGCCCUUCUUUUUCUUCACCCUUCAGAUUCUCUAGCUGCACAUAUCCCUGGUUCGAUUCUCCUCAAGCACUGGUUCCGAGGGACACCCUCCUCUCUCUCGCCCCCCUCCCCUUUAUGAUUUUCGAGAUUUCUGUGUCUUCCUCACUGUUCAUCUCCAAUGGAUACGCAACUUUCUGCGGUAAAGGGAGCAAAAGUGCUUAUGGUUGGAGCUGGUGGAAUUGGGUGCGAGCUGCUGAAAACUCUCGCUCUCUCUGGUUUUCAGGACAUACAUAUUUUGGAUUAAGUGAUUGUGCAUUAUGAUAGCUUCUCAGAGGGACUGGGGUAUUCCAUCCUUCUAUUAUUCAAUCUAUAAACGGAUUGUCCCGUGUUUGUGUUCCCUUGGAUGCCCCUGGGCAGGGAGCGUAUUGAUAUGGACACUAUAGAAGUCAGUAACCUGAACAGGCAAUUUUUAUUCCGACAAUCCCAUGUUGGGCAAUCCAAGUCUAAAGUUGCUAGGGAUGCUGUCUUAAAAUUUAGGCCUCACAUAAGCAUUAAAUCGUACCAUGCAAAUGUCAAAGAUCCUGGGUUCAAUGUGGAGUUCUUUAAGCAAUUUAAUGUUGUUUUGAAUGGACUUGACAAUCUAGAUGCACGAAGGCAUGUGAAUCGCUUAAGCUUGGCAGCCAAUGUUCCAUUGGUUGAAAGUGGAACGACUGGGUUCCUUGGACAGGUCACUGUACAUGUCAAGGGAAAAACAGAGUGCUAUGAGUGUCAGCCCAAACCAGCUCCCAAGACAUAUCCUGUUUGUACUAUCACAAGUACUCCCUCAAAGUUCGUUCACUGUAUUGUUUGGGCCAAAGACCUACUUUUUGCUAAGUUGUUUGGAGACAAGAAUCAGGAAAAUGAUUUAAAUAUACGAUCUAGUGAUGGUGCCAGCUCAUCUGCAAAUGUAGUUGAUGUAUUUGAACGUAGGGAUGGUGAAGACAUUGAUGAGUAUGGAAGGAGAAUAUUUGAUCAUGUAUUUGGUUACAACAUUGAAUUAGCUUUGUCCAAUGAAGAGACAUGGAAAAAUCGCAAUAAACCAAAGCCUAUUUAUAGUAAGGAUAUUCUAUCUGAUGAAAUGGCUCAGCAGAAUGGAAAUGUCGACAAAGAUUCUGCAACUGAGGAUGGGUCAUCAGUGUCUGCCAUGGCUUCAUUGGGCAUGAAGAAUCCUCAGGAUAUUUGGAGUCUUUCUGAGAAUUCUAGAAUAUUUUUUGAAUCUCUGAGGCUAUUUUUCAUGAAGAGGGGAAAGGAUAUUGGCAACCUGAGUUUUGAUAAAGAUGAUCAGCUUGCAGUUGAAUUUGUUACUGCAUCUGCUAACAUACGUGCUGCUUCAUUUGGCAUCCCACUGCACAGCCUUUUUGAAGCUAAAGGUAUUGCUGGUAACAUUGUGCAUGCUGUUGCUACGACCAAUGCAGUUAUUGCUGGUCUGAUUGUCAUUGAAGCAAUCAAGGUGCUGAAAAAUGACAUAAAAAAUUAUAGAAUGACAUAUUGCCUGGAACAUCCAUCAAGAAAGAUGCUGCUUAUGCCAGUGGAACCAUUUGAACCUAACAAGUCUUGUUAUGUUUGUUCAGAGACACCUCUACUGCUUGAGAUAAACACUUACCGUUCAAAGUUGAAAGACUUUGUGGAAAAGAUUGUCAAGGCAAAGCUUGGGAUGAACUUGCCGAUUAUUAUGCAAGGUUCAACCCUUCUUUUUGAGGUUGGUGAUGAUCUUGAUGAUGACAUGAAGGCAACUUAUGAAGCCAACCUUGAAAAGGUGCUAGCUGAGCUUCCUUCUCCUGUGACAAGUGGUACAAUGCUUACAAUAGAGGAUUUUCAACAGGAAUUCACAUGCAACAUCAACAUCAAGCAUAGGGAAGAGUUUGACGAGGAGAAAGAGCCUGAUGGAAUGAUUCUCUCGGGAUGGACUCAACCUGUGUCCGCACCAGAAAAGGAAAAGGAAGACAAGUCAGUCAACAAUGGUGCAAGUGUGUCGGAUGCACCAAAGAAACGAAGAAUCUCUGAAACCUCAGAAGUUGCUGCAAGUGUGGCUGACGAAACAAAUCACAAGCCAUAUCAAGUAAUUGAUGAUGAAGAUGAUCUUGUCAUGGUCGAUGGGAAUUCAGACAGCUACAAAAGGAAAAGAUUGCAGUAGGUCAUUUGUGAAGUAAAACGUGGAUGAUUUCUGUCAUCCUAAUUUUGUAUCUGUAGGGAGAUUUGGUGAUUCUUCUUUUGGCCAUUGUUAUUAACAGUUCUGCAAGCCAUUUAUUAGUCUUCUGCUUGAGAUAGAUUACGUUUGUUCUCCAGGAUCCUUCACAAAUUGUAGCAGCCAUGUAAUACUUUCUUCUUGACUUAGAUGACUGACAUCAUAUUGACUGUCUCACAUCUAAAUUAGUGAAAAGGUUUUGCAAUUUGACAUCCUAUUCAAAA